AUGCUCGUUGGGAAAGAUGCUGAGCGCUUUUCAGUGAGCAGUCAGGGCUGUGGUGUGUGUGUUUGUGUGUGUGUGUGUGUGUGUGAGAGAGAGAGAGAGAGAGAGAGAGAGAGAGAGAGAGAGAGAGAAGGAAGAGGAGGAGGUAGAGAGACCAAGAGACCCAGAGGUGCUGAAAAUCCAGACAGAGCUGGGAGACAGACUGAGAGCGGGACUGGAGCCCUCGGAGAGCCACUCAAGAUCUUUUGGGGGAGCCCAAUGAAUGUGAACAUGAGGCCUGUCACCGGAGCUGUUCUCAAGACGCUACUUCUGUUAUCUACUCCAAAUUGGAACAGGGUUUUAGCUGGAAAUUCCUACGAUUGUGAUGACCCUCUGGUGUCUGCCUUGUCUCAGGCAUCAUUCAGCAGUUCAUCCGAGCUCUCUAGCAGCUAUGGUCCUGGAUUUGCAAGGCUAAAUCGAAGAGAUGGAGCUGGUGGCUGGUCUCCACUUGUGUCAAACAAAUACCAGUGGUUGCAGAUUGACCUUGGAGAGAGAAUGGAGAUCACCGCUGUGGCCACCCAAGGGGGAUAUGGGAGCUCCAACUGGGUGACCAGCUACCUCCUAAUGUUCAGUGACAGUGGCAGGAACUGGAAACAGUAUCGACAAGAGGACAGUAUCUGGGGAUUUUCAGGAAAUGCAAACGCAGACAGUGUUGUGUACUAUAGACUCCAGCCUUCUAUCAAAGCCAGAUUUCUGCGCUUCAUACCUUUAGAGUGGAACCCCAGGGGCAGAAUUGGAAUGCGAAUCGAGGUGUUUGGAUGUGCAUAUAGAUCAGAGGUGGUUGAUCUUGAUGGGAAAAGUUGCCUUCUCUACAGAUUUGAUGAAAAAUCCCUGAGCCCAAUAAAGGAUAUAAUUUCUUUGAAAUUUAAAACUAUGCAGAGUGAUGGGAUUCUACUCCACCGGCAAGGGCAAAAUGGAGAUCACAUCACGCUGGAAUUAAGAAGAGGAAAACUCUUUUUAGUUAUUAAUUCAGGUGAAGCUAAGCUGCCCUCCACUCACGGCCCGAUCAGUCUCACCCUGGGCAGCCUGCUGGACGACCAGCACUGGCAUUCCGUGCUCAUCCAACGCUUGGGCAAACAAGUCAACUUUACAGUGGAUGAGCACAGGCAUCGUUUCCACGCCCAGGGAGAGUUCAGUUACCUACAUCUCGAUUAUGAGAUCAGCUUUGGAGGGAUUCCAGCACCUGGAAAAUCAGUGUCAUUCCCCCAUAAACAUUUUCAUGGGUGUUUAGAAAAUCUCUAUUAUAAUGGAGUGGAUGUUAUUGAUUUGGCCAAGCAACAGAACCCACAGAUCAUCAUUAUGGGAAAUGUGUUGUUUUCUUGUUCAGAACCACAGUCUGUGCCUGUGACUUUUCUGAGCCCCAGGAGUUACUUAGCACUGCCGGGCCCUUCCGGGGAGGACGAGGUUUCUGCCACUUUUCAAUUUCGAACCUGGAAUAAGGAGGGGCUACUGCUAUUCAGUGAGCUUCAGCUGGUUUCAGGGGGUCUCCUCCUCUUUCUUAAUGAUGGAAAACUUAAGGUGAAUCUCUACCAUCCAGGAAAAUUACCCAGUGACAUCACAGCAGGUGUUGGAUUAAAUGAUGGGCAGUGGCAUUCCAUCUCUUUGUCUGCCAAAAGGAGUUACCUGAGCGUGGUGGUGGAUGGCCAAGUGGCUUCUGCAUCUCCUUCCCUGGGGCCUGAGCAGAUUUAUUCAGGGGGCACCUAUUAUUUUGGAGGUUGUCCUGACAACAGCUUUGGAUCCAAAUGUAAAAGUCCACUUGGUGGGUUUCAGGGAUGUAUGAGACUCAUUUCUAUCGGUCACAAGAUGGUAGAUCUGAUUUCAGUGCAGCAGGAGUCCCUUGGGAACUUCAGCGACCUUCAGAUAGACUCAUGUGGAAUCACAGACAGGUGUUUGCCCAAUUAUUGUGAACACGGUGGUCAAUGUUCCCAGUCCUGGGACACCUUUCACUGCAACUGUACAAACACUGGAUACAGGGGAGCAACUUGCCACAACUCUAUCUAUGAGCAGUCAUGUGAAGCCUAUAAGCAUAGAGGAAGUACUUCAGGAUUUUACUAUAUAGAUGCAGAUGGAAGUGGUCCCCUGGAACCAUUUCUUCUGUAUUGCAAUAUGACUGAAAUUGCGUGGACCAUCAUCCAGCACAAUGGCUCCGAUGUAACAAGAGUCCGCAGUACCAAUCCAGAGAACCCCUAUGCUGGGUUUUUCGAAUACGUGGCCAGCAUGGAGCAACUGCAGGCCACAGUUAACCGUGCGGAGCACUGUGAACAGGAGCUGACCUACUACUGCAAGAAGUCACGACUUGUAAAUAAGGAAGAUGGAACCCCUCUGAGCUGGUGGGUUGGAAGAACCAAUGAAACACAAACUUACUGGGGAGGUUCUUUACCUGAUCCUCAAAAAUGUACUUGUGGAUUAGAGGGGAACUGCAUUGAUUCUCAGUAUUAUUGCAACUGUGAUGCUGACCGGAAUGAAUGGACCAAUGACACUGGACUCCUCUCUUAUAAAGAACAUCUGCCAGUAACUAAGAUUGUGAUCACAGACACCAGCCGACCGCAUUCAGCAGCAGCCUAUAAACUAGGACCUCUGCUCUGCCGGGGAGACAGGUUAUUUUGGAAUUCAGCUUCAUUCAAUACUGAGGCUUCAUACCUUCAUUUUCCCACUUUCCACGGAGAACUUAGUGCAGACGUGUCUUUCUUUUUUAAGACAACAGCUUCAUCUGGGGUAUUUUUAGAGAACCUGGGGAUUACUGAUUUUAUACGGAUAGAGCUACGCUCUCCUGCAGUCGUGACAUUUUCAUUCGAUGUGGGGAAUGGGCCUUUUGAAAUCUCGGUGCAGUCACCCACUCACUUUAGCGACAACCAGUGGCACCACGUUAGGGUUGAGAGGAACACGAAAGAGGCAUCUGUUCAAGUGGAUCAGCUUUCACCAAGGACGCAGCCUGCUCCGGCUGAUGGGCAUGUCCUCCUACAGCUCAACAGUCAGCUCUUUGUGGGUGGAACGGCCACCCGACAGAGGGGCUUUCUGGGAUGCAUUCGGUCUCUGCAGUUGAACGGAAUGGCCCUGGACCUGGAAGAAAGAGCCAAGGUGACUCCCGGAGUGGAGCCGGGCUGCAGAGGGCACUGCAGCAGCUACGGGAAGUUGUGCCACAACGGCGGGAAGUGCAGGGAAAAGCCCAGCGGGUUCUCCUGUGACUGCACCUCCUCUGCAUACGCAGGGCCGUUCUGCUCAGACGAGAUUUCUGCCUAUUUUGGAUCUGGCUCAUCUGUGAUUUACAAUUUUCAAGAAAAUUACUCCCUAAGUAAAAAUUCCAGCUCCCACGUGGCUUCAUUUCACGGUGACAUGAGGCUAAGCAGGGAAACGAUCAAGUUUAGCUUCCGCACCACACGGACCCCGAGCUUGCUGCUCUACGUCAACUCCUUUUAUAAAGAAUACCUUUCAGUUAUCAUUGCCAAAAAUGGUGAGUGCUGUUCAGGCGAGAGAAAACUGG